AUGCGUCAAUCCAUCUUCCAGUCGUUGCUGCUGGCCGCCGGCGCCUCGGCGGCCGUCCUGCCACGGGCGAGCCAAGGACCGACUGUGCAGGUCGCCAACGGCUCCUACUAUGGCGUGCACAACUCCUUUUACGACCAGGACCUAUUUCUCGGUAUGCCCUACGCCCAGCCACCAGUCGGUAACCUCCGUUUCCGUGUCCCGGAGUCUCUGAACUCGACCUGGGACGGCUUACGGAACGCGACUCAGUACGGCUACGCGUGUAUUGGCUACGGUUCGGACCAGUGGGUGCUGGGCAACUAUGUCAACGAGGACUGCCUGACUGUCAACGUUGUCCGUCCUGCCGGCGUUCCCGCUGACGCCAAACUCCCUGUCGCGGUCUGGAUUCAUGGUGGUGGUUAUUUCAUGGGCAGUGGAAGUGAUCCCAGGUACAACACCUCUUUCCUCGUCAAGGAGUCGGUGGAGAUGGGCACCCCCAUGGUCGCCGUUACCCUCAACUACCGUCUGUCAGCCUGGGGCUUCAUCUUCGGCAAGGAGGUGCAGGCCGCUGGGCAGACCAACAUCGGCAUGCGCGACCAGCGCCUGGCCCUCCACUGGAUCCAGGAGAACAUCGGCGCCUUUGGUGGCGACAAGACCAAAGUGACCAUAUUUGGCGAGUCUGCAGGCGGCAACUCGGUUGGCACGCAGCUAAUCGCCUACGCCGGGCGCGACGACGGCCUCUUCCGCGCCGCCAUCUCACAGUCCGGCGCGCCUUCGGCCCUAGGACGCAUGAACACGCCAGAGGACUGGCAGCCAUACUACGACAAACUAGUCAGCAAGGCCGGGUGCACCGACGCCGCCGACUCCCUCGACUGCCUGCGCGGCGUCCCCGCCGACACGCUCAGCGCCCUGAUCAACACGACCGACAUCCUCGCCGGCCCCGCGCGUCCAGUCAUCGACGGCGACUUUUUAACCGAGCUCGGCACCGCCUCCCUCCGCGCCGGCCGCUUCGUCCACGUCCCCUACCUCAUCGGCGCAAACUUUGAUGAGGGCGCGUCGUUUGGCGUCCGCGGGGUCAACACCGAGGACAACUUUGUCGCCAUGGUGCAGAGCAGCAACGCGGGCAUCACCCGCGACGACGCCCUCGCCCUCGCGGUCGUGUACCCGGACGACCCGGCCCAGGGCAUCCCCGCCACGCUCCAGGGCCGCCCCGGACCGGACCUGCAGCCGCUGCUGGGGUCGAUGUGGAAGCGCAGCGCCGCGUACGGCGGCGACCACGUCAUGCACGCCCCGCGCCGCGUCGCAAACGAGGAGUGGGCCAGGCACGGAGUGCCGUCGUACAGCUACCACUUCAACGUGCUGACGAGCGGCGUGCCGGCCUGGGCUGGUUCCACCCACUUUCAGGAGGUCGCCUUUAUGUUUAACAACACGGGCGGCCUGGGCUAUGGCAACGCCGUGUCGGUGGACCCGUUCCAGGGCAUGCCCGAGUCGCUCAAGAGUCUGUCGCACAUGAUGGCGAGGAUGUGGAUCAGCUUCGUGGUCAACCUGGACCCGAACCACAUUGGUAUUGAGAAGCCGGCAGAGUGGCCAGUCUACACGCUCGACCAUCCGCAGAAUUAUGUUUUCGACGUCAACGCCACCGGCCUUGGCUAUCUUGAGCCCGACACUUACCGUGGAGAGGGCAUCAAAUACAUGAUUGAUAGGUUUGAGACUGUCUUUAGGCAGUAA